UAUAUUCUAAUGGACAUUUUAUUCGAUGAGCAAGGAGGUGUUUUAAUGGAAACACCAAUCUAUUUUGCUCUUUGCAACAAAAUAUCUAUGCUUUUUGGCGAUUAUGGAAUAGCAGCUGCAAGACUUUCUCUUAAAGUUAAAGUUUUUGAUCCAGGGACUGCAACAACUAUUGUAAGAAUUUCAAAAGACUUCCUGGAAUGUCUGCUGAGUGCAUUGCCAUUUGUUAACAAAGUGGAUAAAACACAUGUUGUGCUUAAAGUUCUGUUUGUUGGUUCAUCAAUUCGGUCUUGUCAACGAGCAUUACUGAGAAUAAAUCGAAAGAAGUUGUAUUCUAGUUAUUUGUCCGCACAAACUGAUGGAGAAAGAAAGGAAAUACUGGACAGUAUACGAAGCGUUACAGGAGACGUUAAAUUUGAGAAUAAGAGAGGGGAUUAA